GGGAGCGCGCGGCGGCUGAGCGGCCCUGUCAAAUCACUACGGAGGUGACGCGCAGCCCGAGGACUUACAUAAAACUACUCCGAGGACUUUUCACUCUUUUAACGACUAAAAGUCGCUUUACUCGCCCGUAUCUCGGACGAGGAGGCCUACACGUCGUGGAAAUAAAAAGUUGUGGUAGUUUUGAACUUCUACCAGAGGCUUGUUUCGAUUAAAGACAACAAAAAGGUUUUUUUUCGGCUGAGAGGCACUCGGGACGCGAAGCUGUCGAGGACCGAGAGGAGGGGGGGAUUUCUAAUCGUCUCCUUUUCAGUUUUUUCGAGGGCAUGCGAGUCUUCUGAACACGCCCGGACCUGUUAACGCGCACAUAAAGCCGGGAUAAAGCCACUUGUAGCUCACUUUGUUUCUUCUGAAUUCAACAUGCUGCCGAAUACGGCGCUUUACGCCGCGAAGAAACGGAAGAAGCCCGUCCAGAAAAUGCCCAAACCUCCACCUCCCGAGGGCGCCAAGUCCAACCCAUCCAAACGCCAUCGGGACAGGCUCAACGGCGAGCUGGACAAGCUCACCAGCCUGCUGCCCUUCACAGAGGAGGUGCGGUCCCGGCUGGACAAGCUGUCUGUCCUCCGCCUCAGCGUUGGGUACCUGAAGGUCAAGGGCUACUUCAACGCCACCAUGAAGAUGGGCCAGAACAACAACUCCAGCUACUCCAGCGAGCGGAGCAUCAUGUUUGGAGGAAACAGCGCGAGCUCGGCGCUGCAGCCAUCCUCCGCAACCUCCACUGCCCCCUCCUCCUUCACGACUUCCACAGUGACCUCCAUCGAUGGGGUGAACUUCUCUGAGGGAGACCUGCUGCUUCAGGCGUUGAGCGGCUUCGUGUUGGUGGUGACAGCUGAAGGCUACGUCUUCUACACGUCCCCCACCAUUCAGGACUUCCUCGGCUUCCAUCAGUCGGACGUCGUCCAUCAGAGCGUGUUUGAGCUGAUCCACACAGACGACCGAGCUUUCUUCAGACAGCAGCUCCACUUCUCUUUCAACCCAAACACAGAGGGCGCCGACGGCCCCAGUGACCAGAGCAACCCUGAGAUCAGCAGAAACAUAGUGAGCUAUGACCGGCAUGCCGUCCCUCCAGAGAACUCGUCCUUCCUGGAGAGGAACUUCUGCUGCCGCCUGCGCUGCCUACUCGACAACUCGUCUGGCUUCCUGGCUUUGAACUUCCACGGCCGCCUCAAGUUUCUCCACAAUCAGAACCACGUGUCGGAGGAUGGGUCACUGGUUCCUCCGCAGCUUGCUCUGUUUGCCAUCGCAACGCCGAUGCAGCAGCCGUCCAUCCUGGAGAUCCGCACCAAGACUCUCAUGUUCCAGACCAAACACAAGAUGGACUUCACACCCAUAGGCGUCGACGCAAGAGCGAAGCUGGUUCUGGGCUACUCCGAGAUAGAGAUCAGUAGGAAAGGCUCGGGCUACAACUUUAUCCAUGCUGCCGACAUGUUGUACUGCGCAGAAAACCAUGUCAGAAUGAUGAAAACCGGAGAGAGUGGCAUAACCAUCUUCAGGCUGCUGACCAAGGCCGGCCGGUGGGUCUGGGUCCAGGCUAACGCCCGGCUCAUCAUAAAAAACGGGAAACCCGAGUUCAUCGUGGCCCAGCAGAGAGCUUUGACAAAUGAAGAAGGAGAAGAGCAGCUUCGCCUCAGACGUCUGCAGGUGCCAUUUAACUAUGCCACCGGAGAGGCGCUGCUGUAUGAUGUCACCCCCAACAUUGAGCCCCGUGACCCGUGCUCCGCCCCCAAGCAGGGGAAGUUUGACAGUGACGCCAUCAGUUGCGACUCCUUGCUGGGCUGCAUGCUGAAUCAGGACCAUUCGCUCUAUUGCGAUCAGAACAGCGCCAACACCCUCAGCAACCUCAAUGACAUGGUCUUCAAGGAUACCAACGCCACACUCAACGUUCCCGGAGACACGGAGCCCAGCCCGGCAGUGGGAAACGUAGUGAAAGCAGAAACUACGGUUCAGGAAAUCAUGGAGUCCCUGCAGCAGAUCUUUGGGGACGGUGAGCUUAUCGAAAGUCUGCACGUUGAGCCUGAUGAGCUCAAGAGCUGGGAGAGCACGCUGUUGCAGAUGAGCUGCCACGGUGGGUUCGGCGACGACCUCAGCGACAUUCUCAACAAUGACAUCCUGUCUUACGUGGAGGAGCAGCUGCAGAAGGAUGUCGGACUCAACCUGCCGCAACAGAUUGACGGCAUCCCAGCCUGCCUCUCUGGUUUGGACCCACUUCAAAACCAGGAUCCAGAUCAAGGCGGGGAGCUGGACUUUGACUGGGCUCUCGAGACACAGACCCAGCUGAUACCCAACGGAGUGCAGAUGACAGCGGUCCAGGAGACGAUGAAACUGAGCCACAUGGACUUUCCUCAGCCUAAUUCUUCUGGUCCCAAUGGACUGACCUUUAACAACGUCCUGCCAAACAGCUUUCCUCAAACACAAAGUCAGCUAAAGGCCAGCAGCAUGGACAACAACCUCGGAGCGUUCCCGCUCAGGCAGCCUUCAACCAACCCAGUGCUUCUUCAAAUGAUCCCAGCCAACCAAACAUUUGGUCUCCAGGACCAAAACAAGGAAGGACAGUUAAAUAAUGUCUUUACCUUCCAGGGCACCAAGUUCAGCAAAUCAGUGACACACCAAGCAGACAGCUGUGGAGAAACAUUUGCCUCCAAUAUUUCAAACAAGGCUGUUUUCUCUUCAUCACUCAGCUGCAUGCAGAGCCACUUUCCUGUACAGACCCCAAACAGCAACAGUCAGAGGCAGGCGUGGCCUCAGCAGCAGCAGCUGAUCACGGGUCAGCAGAUGGGCUCUUUCCAGAGGAACCCCACAGACAUCGGCUCUCUCAACAAGUUCAUGACUCCAGAGACUUCUAAUCCACUUCCUGUUCAGCAGAUCUUGGAGCGGUCGCCGGCUUCUACAAGCUGUAUGUACAGAAAUGCCGCCCCAGGACUGCCUGUGAACGGCGUGCACCACAGUCAGCCGAGGUUGAACCCGGCCCCCAGUCAGAUUCCCUCCAAUCCCUCCUGCUUUUACCAGGUCGGAGGAAGAGCCAUAUCAGGAAUGGCUUCGAUCCCAAAUUUGGAUGAGGCCUCACUGGGCAACUACUUUAACACUUUCUGGUAA